AUGCAUGCUAUAUCGAGAAAGUUGUUGACGCGAUCAGUCUUUGAUGGAAGCAAUGCCGUCUACAAGAUGUGCUCCAAUCAACCGUCAUCAUCGGAAGCUCACCAUAAAGUGGCUUCAAAUUUUCGCGAAGAAUUUGUUCUGCCGAAAAGUUGUGACUUUCGGAUAUGGUUUCCUAUGCAUAUGGCAGUUCAAUUUAAGAAAAUGGAAGGAAAAAUGCGAUCUGUGGAUUUAGUGAUUGAAGUUCAUGAUGCUCGCAUACCAAUAACAGGACGCAAUCCUUUGUUUUUUGAACAACUGUAUGCGGUUCGACCGCAUAUCCUUGUUAUGAACAAAAUGGAUCUUAUCGAUUUGACGAAAUACAAGGGACCGGUAGAAGAGUAUUACCGCCGAAAUGGAAUAGAGAAAAUUAUUUGGACGGAUUGUAAACGUCGGCUCAAUUAUGCUCUUAAAGAUUUGUGUGGAACAAUGGUCGACAUCCUACAAGAAACACCGAGAUUUAAUCGAUCUGUCAAAACGGAAUAUCAGGCAAUGGUUGUUGGUAUUCCCAAUGUUGGAAAGUCUUCACUCAUUAAUUCACUUCGUGGUGCAACCCUUGGACAUAAGCAUGCCGCAGUUCAAGAGGGUGCUCGACCUGGUGUUACAGUGAGAGUACAGAAUCGCGUUCGAAUAUUGGAUAAACCGCCUACAUAUGUAUUGGAUACCCCCGGCGUCCUGACACCUCACCAAAAAUCAGGAGAAGAUGCUAUGAAGUUGGCCUUGUGUGAUCUCAUCUUGGAAAGUACUACCAAUCUUCAAUAUGUCGCUGAUUAUUUAUUAUAUUGGUUGAAUCGAACGGGGGACUUUUCCUACUUGGAGCUAUGUCGAUUCGAAGGCGGACCUUGUGAUGACAUAAACAAAGUGCUUCUGAAAAUUUGUCAAACGCAGAAUUUGCGCUCACGUUGCAUGAUUGCGGGUAAUAGCUGUGAGAUGACUGCAACCGGCCAUCUAGUAUUCGAUGAAUUCGGACAGCCAUUCAUUGUCACGCGAGAGCAGGACAAGCAAAAACGUUUGACGGGACUAGAUGCUCUCAAGAGUCAUAUUUUGGCCGUUCGCACGGUGUCAAAUACGCUUCGUACUUCGUUGGGACCACGUGGACUGGAUAAAUUAAUGGUUUCUCCAGAUGGGGAGGUCACAAUCACCAAUGAUGGAGCUACGAUUAUGGACAAGAUGGACGUUCAGCAUCAUGUUGCUAAACUUAUGGUGGAACUCAGCAAGUCACAAGAUGCAGAAAUUGGCGACGGUACCACUGGAGUAGUCGUACUCGCUGGGGCCCUGCUUGAGGAAGCGGAACGUCUUUUGGAUCGUGGUAUUCAUCCAUUAAAAAUUGCGGAUGGGUUUGAUCUUGCGUGCAAGAAGGCGCUCGCAACUCUUGAGAAGAUUGCUGACCCCUUUCCUGUUGAAGAUAGAGAACGGCUGAUUGAAACCGCUGAAACGUCGCUGGGCUCGAAGAUUGUUAACCGCUCAAUCCGCCAUUUUGCUGAGAUUGCUGUUGAUGCUGUUUUAUCAGUAGCCGAUAUUUCAACAAAGGAUGUGAAUUUCGAGUUGAUCAAAGUUGAUGGAAAGGUUGGAGGAAAGCUUGAAGACUCGAUCUUCGUAAAAGGAAUCGUUAUUGACAAGACGAUGUCCCAUCCGCAAAUGCCUAAAGAAAUCAAGGAUGCUAAGAUCGCAAUUCUUACUUGUCCAUUCGAGCCACCAAAGCCAAAGACCAAGCAUAAGUUGGACAUCACCUCUGCUGAGGACUUUGCUGCUCUUCGACAAUAUGAGCGAGAAACUUUUGAAACAAUGAUCAAACAGGUGAAAGAUACUGGAGCCUCUUUGGUUCUUUGUCAAUGGGGUUUUGACGAUGAAGCAAAUCAUUUGCUACAUCACUACGAAUUGCCUGCUGUGCGCUGGGUCGGUGGUCCUGAAAUCGAACUUUUGGCUAUCGCUACCAAUGGACGCAUUGUGCCAAGAUUUGCCGAAUUGACCCCUGAGAAGCUUGGUAAGGCAGGAGUUGUCAAAGAGAUUGUUUUUGGAACCGCUAGAGACAGAAUGCUUUCGAUCCAGGAAUGCCCAAAUAAUAGAGCGGUUACGAUUUUCAUUCGUGGAGGCAAUAAAAUGAUCAUUGAAGAGGCUAAGCGUUCUUUGCAUGAUGCCAUGUGCGUCAUUCGCAAUCUUGUGAAGGAUAAUCGGAUUGUGUAUGGUGGAGGAGCAGCAGAGACAGCCUGUGCGCUCGUUGUCGCUAGGGCGGCUAGUAAGAUUCAUGGCGUUGAACAGUAUGCUUUCCGUGCCUUUGCUGACGCACUUGAACAAAUUCCAAUGGCUCUCGCCGAGAAUUCUGGACUGGCACCAAUUGAGGCUCUUUCCAGCUUAAAAGCCGAACAGCUUGCAAAAGCAAAUCCAAGACUUGGCAUUGAUUGUCUUUUCAAAGGCACUAACGAUAUGAAAACACAAAAGGUUAUUGAAACCCUUCUGAGCAAAAAGGAGCAAAUCAGCUUGGCUACGCAGGUUGUUCGCAUGAUUCUCAAAAUUGAUGAUGUUCGAGUCCCGGAUGAUGAAAAUGGAGGAAUG